UAUCCCACCUUUGGCUAUAAAUGCUAUUGUGCCAUUAAUUCCUAAGGACCUCUUGAAUUUGUCAAACUUUUAUACAAAGCUUCUCAUUAAGAAGGUCUUCAAUGGCCUAUAGAAGAAGCACAGCCUCCUCUAUCUUUGAUGCCUUCUCUCUAAACCCUCUUCCAUACCCAGUUCUGCUAAUUCUAGCAGUGAUCUCAAUCUUUCUUGGCACCUCAUGGUACUUCUCUUAUGAGGAAGCUGUGGAAAGUGCUGAAGAACAAAUGGGUUGGCUGCUUUUGGCCACACCUAUAGUGUUACUCAUCCUAGUCCGGUGGUUGUCAUCCAUGGAAAAUCCAAACUUUCUCUUUUCCAUGUCACCAUGGGACCAGCGCCGCCGAACCCACCACCGGCCCUCGGAGGGAAGCUCACCAUGGGGUGUUGCUGCUUUGAUUGUGUUGUUGCUUGUUAUGGUGCAAUACCGGUCUGUCUUUACUGAUGGCUGGUUAGUUUAGAUAUACAGAACUAUAUAAGAUAUAUGAGAACAUAUGCUGUUAUUUGGUUGAAACAGAUUAGUUUGUAGAUAGUUUGGAAAAAUGGAGUUUGUGUUUUGUUAGAGUAAAGACAGGUUAUAUAGAUCAUGAUAAUAUACAUGACUGUUGUAUAUAGUAAAGGAUGAUGAAUUGUAAUUGGUUUGGGUUUUUGGUAGAUAUAAAUAUGUGAGUGAUAUGUAUCAUGUUUUUUCUUCUUCUUUUUCAUUGCAAUAUAUAGCAAAGUUCUGAUGAUGGUUUAGAUA